UAAUUUCCAUAAAAUCCUAGAAACUUCAAAAAUUUGCUGACGUCGAUUGGAAAAAUCGUCGUCUUUAGUAAAUCUCCACGAAAACUGCAUAGAGCGGGGGCAACAUUUCGUAGGUACGGCCCUGUCGUUCCAUCAAUUUUCUCCUAGGGAAUUUUCAUUCUCAACUGUCACUUGAAUCAUUGGUUGCAUUGCGGCCAAGUUCCCGCCAAUUUGUUGUUAUCGAACAAUCGCACCCGCAAUUACCAGUUUUAUUUUAAAUAUUUUGCACAAACAACUAAAUGGAAGGUUUCGACGACCCCGGAGUCUUCUUCAGCGACAACUUCACAGCCGGUGAGGACAAUCAAACAGACCCCCAAAUCAACCUUCAAGCUAUAAAGAAAAGAUUCAAGGAGUUCCUCCGACAGUACCAUUCCGACAAUUUCAACUACAAAUACAGAGACACGUUAAAACGCAACUACAACUUGGGCCAGUUCUAUCUCGAAGUCAACAUUGAAGAUGUGGGCGGUUUUGACGAAACUCUGGCUGAUAAACUGUACAAGCAACCGUCGGAACAUUUGGCUAUUUUUGAAGAGGCGGCCCGAGAAGUGGCUGAUGAGCUUACAGCGCCAAGACCUGAGGGAGAAGAAGCGGUCGAAGAUAUUCAGAUUAUGUUGUCUUCAGACGCUUUACCGACGGUGUUGCGACACAUGAAGUCUGAUAUUGUCUCAAAGUUGGUUAAAAUACCGGGAAUUAUUGUAAGCGCGUCUGGGAUUAAAGCAAAGGCGACGAAAAUAGCGAUUCAGUGUCGGUCUUGCGCUAAUGUUAUUCCUAAUUUACCCGUGAAACCCGGUUUGGAGGGAUAUGUAAUGCCGAGGAAGUGUAACACAGAGCAGGCUGGCGGACGCCCCAAGUGUCCCUUGGACCCCUACUUCAUAAUUCCAGACAAGUGUAACUGCGUCGAUUUUCAAGUCCUCAAACUCCAGGAGCUUCCAGACGGGAUCCCCCAAGGGGAAAUUCCUCGCCACUUAACUCUUUAUUGCGACCGCUACCUGUGUGAGAAAGUCGUCCCAGGAAACCGCGUUUUUGUCCUGGGGAUUUACUCCAUCAAAAAAGUAGCCAGAACUGGAAGGCGGGAUGAUCGCGACAGAGGGACUACUGGUGUGAGGGCCCCCUACAUCCGCGUAGUCGGUAUCCAGCUCGACUCCGAAGCCAUUGGAGCCUCCUCGUGCUCCAUCGUCACCUCAGAAGAAGAAAACCUCUUCCGGAGAUUAGCUGAAUCCCCCAAUCUUUAUGAGAGAAUCGCCACUAGUAUAGCCCCUUCUAUUUUUGGCGCAACCGACAUAAAAAAAGCCAUCGCUUGUCUUUUGUUCGGGGGCUCCCGCAAGCGCCUCCCUGACGGUUUAACCCGCAGAGGCGACAUCAAUAUUCUUCUAUUGGGUGACCCCGGUACUGCCAAGUCCCAGUUGUUGAAGUUCGUGGAGAGGGUGGCCCCCAUAGGGGUGUACACUUCGGGCAAAGGGAGCUCCGCUGCUGGCUUGACGGCGUCCGUAAUGAGGGACCCCAGCACGAGGAAUUUUGUAAUGGAAGGAGGCGCCAUGGUGUUGGCCGACGGGGGUGUUGUUUGCAUCGACGAGUUUGAUAAAAUGAGGGAGGACGACAGGGUGGCUAUUCAUGAGGCUAUGGAGCAGCAGACGAUUUCGAUUGCUAAGGCGGGGAUUACGACGACUUUGAACUCGCGGUGUUCGGUUUUGGCGGCGGCGAAUAGUAUUUUUGGGCGGUGGGAUGAGACCAAGGGUGAGGAAAAUAUAGACUUCAUGCCCACAAUUCUGUCCCGUUUUGACAUGAUUUUCAUCGUAAAAGACGAACACGACCAGCAACGCGACAUGACUCUAGCCCGCCACAUCAUGGGCGUGCACAUGAACGCUGGUCAAGUCACCCAGGACCCCAAAGACGGCGAACUGUCGCUCGAAUUUAUCAAAAAAUACAUCAACUUCUGUCGCACGCGCUGCGGCCCCCGGUUGAACGCCGAGGCCGGCGAGAAGCUGAAGCGGCGCUACGUGAUGAUGCGGUCCGGGUCUAGCCAGCACGAGAAGGAGCGCCGCAGCACCAUCCCCAUCACCGUGCGCCAGCUGGAGGCCGUCAUCCGCAUCUCCGAGAGCCUCGCCAAGAUGCAGCUGCUUCCCUUCGCCACCGAGAGCCACGUCAACGAGGCGCUGCGCCUCUUCCAAGUGUCCACGCUGGACGCCGCCAUGAGCGGCAACCUGGCCGGCGGCGAGGGCUUCACCACCGAGGAGGAGCACGAGAUGCUCGGUCGCAUCGAGAAGCAGCUGAAGCGGCGCUUCGCCAUCGGCACCCAGGUCUCCCAGCAGAACAUCGUGCAGGACUUCACCCAGCAGCAGUAUCCGGAAAGGGCGGUGCUCAAGGUUAUCUACACUAUGAUUCGGCGAGGGCAAUUGCAGCACAGAAUGCAGCGCAGGAUGUUGUAUCGCAUCAGUUAAAAGAGGGUUGUGAAGGCAUCGUUUAUUUCUUUUUUUAAUAAUAACAAUAAUUACCAACC